AUGGUGAGGGUCAGUGUGCUCAAUGAUGCGCUCAAGUCCAUGUACAAUGCUGAGAAGAGGGGGAAAAGGCAGGUCAUGAUCAGGCCGUCAUCCAAGGUGAUCAUCAAGUUCUUGACAGUCAUGCAGCGUCAUGGCUACAUUGGUGAGUUCGAAUAUGUGGAUGACCACCGUGCUGGGAAGAUUGUGGUGGAACUGAAUGGAAGACUAAAGAAAUGUGGUGUUAUUAGCCCUCGCUUUGAUGUUGGCGUAAAGGAGAUCGAAGAAUGGACUGCGAGGCUGCUCCCAUCUCGUCAGCACAGGAUAUUGCCAGAGAUGAAAGUUUGUCGGGGGUGCAUUAUGGAGAAAAUAAAUGAUGAGGAGGUUGACUGUUGCCCAGUAUGCGACAUUGAUCUUGGCUGCGAUCCUGAACAGAAACUCAGGCCUGACCACAACCUUGAAGAUAUCAGGAAUAAGGUAUUUCCAAUUAAAAAGAUAAAUGUUGAUGCUCCAAAGGCUGUAACAACAUUGCCAGCAAAGAGAAAACAGAGGUCCCUUUCUUCCUUGGUGGUUGAUACUCCAAGCGUAGUAAAGCGGACUGGUUUGACUGGAAAGAGAACCAAAGCUAAAAGGAGGGCAGCAGCUUCUCGUGCAACUUCUCCCGUUAAUAAUGGAACCAUGAAAUUACCAACUAAAUCUGAAAAUCGAGAUCAGAAGACUGAGAAAAGCUCUGCAUCACAAUCUACCAUUGAAAGAUAA